AUGCAACUGCCGUCACUGAUAUUGUCGUGUAUCUUGCUGAGGAUGUUCUUCGAUAUCGCCUGUCAUUACAGUAUCCAAAAUAAUUGGGACUCUUAUUGUAGCCGCAACUUUCAGUCGAUAUUGGUGGUGCUUGGUAUCGCAAGCAUGACAGUGGUCGGCUUCUACGCAAUGAGGAAACCUGGUAGUGCUUUUAAUCCUUGUUUCAUCGGCUCGUUCACCACCAAGCCGCCGGCACUUUACGUCUUCAUUUACCGCUUGCCUGCGCCUUCAUUUGAAUCCAAAUCGGCCGUCGUCAUCGCCACCAAUGCGCGCUUAAGGCUUCAAGAGGCUACCAUUUCCUGUCUGCAGGACGCGCUGUUUUGCAACUUAUUGUUCAUGUUUCUACCCGCUAUGUCGUGGCUGGUCAUGAUUGUGUUCGAAGUCCCAAGCCCGGAUGAGAAGGGAGGGGGGUUGGAGACCGGGUCAACUCUCCAUAAAAUUCAGCCACCUGCCACUCAUGGUAUUGACGCCAUCGAAAAUUAUACCGGCUCGGUCGCCGCCCGGGUUACCAAGGGCCGCGCAGGCUGUUGGGGCACUGAGGCAGACUGCGAAAAGUCGGCGAUCACAACCUGCUCAUUGCCCUCUGCCAGCCGGAGGCGUUGCGGAACAACGAAGACCGACACAACGACGACGAAGAUACCACUCAGCAACGGAAUCCCUACCCGCUCUGAACGGAGGAGGUACCGAGCGCGAUGCCAUUAGAG